AUGGCUUUCUCGUCAACAACAAACAUUUCCAAAGCUUUUUCUGAAGGCGACGACCUUGACACAGCUGUGAAUAGAGCUCUUUACUAUGAACCGGUUAACCACGCCUUUAGAAAAUAUAGCUCCUUCGGUUUAACUGAAGAAGAUAUUUCUUUUGACUUUAUCCAAGCAAGCGUUAACGCGUCCAAAUCUGUAGAGGAUCAACCGAUGGAUAUAGAAAUUUUAGAAGCGCCAAAAAUGUCCAAACACCAAUCAAAAGUUGCAGUACAACCAGAGGACCCAAAAGAUGAUGUCAGCAGACCAAGCUUGCCUUCACCUUCUGGUGGUAAAAAGAGAAAAACUGCGCCCGUUUCAAAAGCUAAUAACAGCCAAAGUCCUAAUAAGACUACCAAGAAACAACCUGUUGCAACUUCACCUAAAACAAUUAGUACCGUUAUGACUGGAUAUGAGCCUGCGAAUAAAGACCUUAUUCAGGAGAUUACGGUUUAUGAUAUCUCCUCCAUCUGGUCUCAACUUGAUACACUUAAUCAUCUUAAAGCCCGGGGUCAAGUAGUUGCGAUUAAAUUUAAAUCCCAACAGAAAUACGUUACUGUUACAGUUUCGAUUGAACUCAAUCAAGAGGCGACAAGACUAUGGAAUGAUGGAGCAUGA